UGAGCGCGGCCGAGCAGGAGAGAGUGGCAGUGAAUGUCUGCGGCAGCGUUUAGCUUUUUUAAAAACCACAAACUACCGCUGAAGACAAAAGGACCGAACCUGACUGCAAUUCCAGACAACCUCGGCAGACCCUGGACUAUGAUAAAUUUCCAACGGGGGCUGGUAACGGUGCGCUGUUUUGACGACAAGCGGCUUAUUGCACAUCUGUAGAGCAUAAUGAGGGCAUCCGCUAUUCUUCACGGCGGUUUUUCCUCCAAGGUUUAGUUAAACGCGGAGUGACACUAUUUAUAAAUGUGUCUCUUUUAGACAUAAUCUGAAGGAAAACACUCGCCGAGGGGACGCAGCCUGUAGAUAAUAAGGUAAAUUCUUCCUCCCGUGGCCUCCGGAGAACAUUGAAGUCAUUUGAGAAGUCACCGGAGAAGAAGAAGACACGUCUUAAUCAUCCUGAUAGUUUUACCCAGUUCAGUAAGGAAAAUCGGCUCUGCCUUCCAACGACUCGCACCAGACUCCCCCCUGCUUUCUAUUUCUAAAUCUUACAUGGUUUUGUCUUUUUGAACAUUAAUCGCCAACCCUUCUGUGGGCAUUUUCCCGUUAAAGGAUGCCGGAUCAAAUAUCGGUGUCCGAGUUUCUCUCGGAGACAACAGAGGAUUACAAUUCCCCGACAACAUCCAGCUUCACCACCCGACUGCAGAGCUGCAGGAACACAGUGAAUGUGCUGGAGGAGGCGCUGGACCAGGAUCGAACCUCCCUGCAGAAGGUGAAGAAGUCAGUGAAGGCCAUCUACAGUUCAGGUCAAGACCAUGUCCAGAAUGAAGAAAACUACGCUCAGGCUCUGGACAAAUUUGGUAGCAACUUCAUCAGUCGGGACAACCCUGAUCUGGGAACAGCUUUUGUCAAGUUCUCCUCCCUCACUAAGGAACUGUCUGCCUUGCUCAAGAACCUGCUCCAGAGCCUCAGCCACAAUGUGAUCUUCACCCUGGACUCGCUGCUGAAGGGGGAUUUGAAAGGCGUAAAAGGGGACAUAAAGAAGCCCUUUGACAAAGCAUGGAAAGACUAUGAGGCCAAGUUUACAAAGAUAGAAAAGGAGAAGCGGGAGCAUGCUAAGCAGCAUGGGAUGAUACGCACUGAGAUCACGGGGGCUGAGAUUGCAGAGGAGAUGGAGAAGGAGCGGCGCUUAUUUCAACUUCAGAUGUGUGAGUAUCUGAUCAAAGUAAAUGAGAUCAAAACCAAGAAAGGAGUGGACCUCCUGCAGAACCUGAUUAAGUAUUACCAUGCACAGUGCAAUUUCUUCCAAGAUGGCUUGAAGACGGCGGAUAAGCUGAAGCAGUACAUUGAGAAGCUGGCAGCUGAUCUCUACAAUAUCAAACAAACUCAGGAUGAGGAGAAGAAGCAGCUGACUGCCUUGCGAGAUCUGAUCAAGUCCUCCCUCCAGCUGGACCAGAAGGAGUCUAGAAGAGACUCACAGAGUAAGCAGGGAGGCUACAGCAUGCAUCAGCUGCAGGGAAACAAGGAGUUUGGAAGUGAGAAGAAGGGCUACCUACUGAAGAAGAGCGAUGGGCUGAGGAAGGUGUGGCAGAGGAGACAGUGUUCAGUGAAGGGGGGCAUCCUCACCAUAUCUCAUGCUACAUCCAACAGGCAGCCAGUCAAACUUAACCUGCUCACCUGUCAGGUGAAACCGAGCUCUGAGGACAGGAAAUGCUUUGAUCUAAUUUCUCAUAACCGGACAUAUCACUUUCAAGCCGAAGAUGAGCAAGAGUUUGUCAUUUGGAUCUCAGUUCUGACCAACAGUAAAGAGGAGGCGUUAAACAUGGCGUUUCGCGGCGAGCAGAGCAGCGGAGGGGAAGACGGGUUAGAGGACCUGACUAAAGCCAUCAUAGAAGAUGUGCUGCGCAUACCAGGCAACGAACUCUGCUGUGACUGCGGAGCUGCAGAUCCGAAGUGGCUAUCCACCAACCUGGGCAUCCUUACCUGCAUCGAGUGCUCUGGCAUCCACCGAGAGAUGGGGGUGCACGUGUCUCGUAUCCAGUCCAUGGAGCUCGACAAGUUAGGAACAUCAGAACUCUUGCUGGCCAAGAAUGUAGGGAACAGUAGUUUCAAUGAGAUCAUGGAGGGAAACCUCCCCUGUCCUUCACCAAAGCCGACCCCCUCCAGCGACAUGACGGUGAGGAAGGAGUUUAUUAACGCUAAGUAUGUGGACCACAAGUAUGCUAGGAAGACAUGCACAUCGGCGGCAGCUAAGAUGAUUGAGCUGUUUGAAGCAGUUCAGUCCCGGGAUUUGCUGGCUCUCGUUCAGGUGUACGCGGAGGGGGUGGAGCUUAUGGAGCCACUCCCAGAGACAGGACCGGAAGCCGGAGAGACAGCACUGCACUACUCAGUACGGACAGCUGACCAUACCUCACUGCAUUUGGUGGACUUCCUUGUGCAGAACAGUGGUAACCUGGAUAAGCAGACGGAAUGGGGGAACACCGCCCUCCAUUACUGCUGCAUGUACGAAAAACCGGAGUGCCUCAAGUUACUCCUGAGGGGAAAGCCAGCCACUGACAUCACCAAUCAGAAUGGAGAGACGGCCUUGGAUGUUGCCAGGCGACUGAGGAACACUCAGUGUGAAGAAGCACUUGUGCAGGCUGCAGAGGGGAAGUUCAACCCUCACAUCCACGUGGAGUACGAGUGGAGCCUCAGACUGGAGGAGAUGGAUGAGAGUGAUGAUGACCUGGAUGAUAAGCCCAGUCCCAUCAAAAAGGACCGCUCCCCGAGGCCUCAGAGCUUCUGUCACUCCUCCAGCCUCUCCCCCCACGACAAGCUCUCCUUGCCGGGCUUCAUCAGCCAGAGGGACAAGCAGCAGCGUCUCUCCUACAGCGCCUUCACCAACCAGAUGUACAGCGCCUCCACUGACCUCAGCUCCUCCCCUGUGGCCGACGGGCCGCCGUUGCCGCCCAGGAACCAGGGCAAAGCUCCACACUUGGCAUUCCUUGGCUCUCAUACGCACUACGCCACACUGGCUGGCACUCGACCAUACAUCACUCCUACCCCAUCUGGCCCUCUCUCCACACUCACACCAGGAGGCAGCUCCACCCUGUCCAAGAAGAGACCUCCGCCCCCCCCUCCUGGACACAAACGCACCCUGUCUGACCCACCCAGCCCGCUCUCUCACAGUCCACACAGUAAAGGGGGCUUAACCGGGGGAAGUGAUUCCACCCCUCCUCCGGUCAGUAAGAUGUCUCCAGUUUCCAACAAGUUUGAAGGCAUUCCUCAACAGCAAAGCACUACUUCAAGCAACACAAAAUCUACACUUGGUCCAAGGGUUCUUCCCAAACUACCUCAGAAAGUGGCAUUGCGUAAGAUCGACACCAUACACCAUCCAUCUAUGGAUAAGCCCAGCCUUCCUCCAGAGGUCUUCCAGAAGUCCCCGCCAGCAACUGAAACCACACAGAAGGGUCCUCUGGCAGACAGGCCUCAGCUGGGCGACCUGCCCCCAAAACCACAGGUGUCUGAACUUCCCCCAAAACCUGGAGAACUUCCCCCAAAGCCGCAGCUCUCCGAUCUCCCUCCUAAACCUCAGCUGGGAGACCUGCCGCCCAAACCCCAGCUUAAAGACCUCCCUCCCAAGCCUCAUCUCGCAGACAUCCCCCCGAAACCUGGGACAGCCGAUUCCGGGAGUCCGAGGCCGCCUCCAGGAGAGUCGACAAGGCCACAAACGCAGCCUCCGCCUCCACCUCAAACUCAACCGCAGCCUCAAGACUCGCCGUCGCCUAACCAGCAGCCAAGUAUCGCGACCACAUCUCAACAACCUGCCGAGGAUACAAAUGGGACCCCAGCGGGGACUGCAGAGACACCUGUGCCCCUCCCGAGGAAGAUCAACACGGGGAAGAAUAAAGCGCGUCGAGUGAAGACGAUCUACGACUGCCAGGCUGACAACGAUGACGAACUUACAUUUGUUGAAGGAGAGGUGAUCAUAGUUACAGGAGAGGAGGACCAGGAGUGGUGGAUCGGGCACAUUGAAGGAGAGCCGGAAAGAAAAGGGGUAUUCCCCAUGUCUUUUGUGCACAUCCUGAGUGACUGACAGCCAGACAAACUUGCACUACGUCUCUCCCUAAAUCGGGAGUUUCUAUAAAUACCUACCAUACAGUAACACCCCUUGUCACACGACAAGUGUCCUAAAGGAAAAAAAAAAGCAACAACGAAGUAAACCCAGACGGCUCAUCUAGACAUGGAAGCCACAUCCAUGCUGUACAAAGAAUGUGUGUAUUCUUCCUCUACCAGUAUUAUCUUAACCCUAUAGCAUGGCUGAGAUGAAGCCACUCUCAAAACCCUAGCACUUACCUAAAAGUCUAUGUUUAUGCUGUUCCUGUGUAUAUAUGUAUGUAAAUAUAUAUAUUUGUGUGAGUGUAUAUACAUGUUUUAUUGUACAAAACAUGUACCAUUGCUCUCUGCCUGUCAGAUAAAGCAUCAGGGUGGUAGAGUUUGAAUUUUAUCUGUAUUAAUUUUACUGGCCCUCGAGUAAUUAUCAGCUUAUAUUUCUGGAAAAAGGACAAAUAUGGAAUGUGAAAUAGGUCAUGUCAUUAUUUGUGUCUUGCAUCCCUGUUUACCGCCAUAGCUGACUGAAGAGGUGAGAGUCUCCCCCUGAUCUUCCCGAGACGAAAAGAGUUUUCAUUAAAUGUACUCCUUGUUCUUUGCUUGCUUUGUGUGUACACGUAUUAUGGUUGUUUUACCGUAUAGAAACCUGCUGCUACUGUGUGGUGGAAAAUCAAAGCCUGUGGUUCACUGUAGGUCACUAAUUUACUCCUUGUUACACUGUUCACUGUAUGUGUGCUCUGUGUGCAAACUCAAUGCCAUCUCCACAAUCCUUUGACCUUUUUCUGUGCAUGGUGUAACAAUGACUGGAAAUGAGUGGAGUGUUGCGUUCAAACACGCUCAGCUCAGGGUUUGAAGAGCCACUAUUAAUAUUAAGCAGGACUCCACACAAAGGUAUCCUGUUGUUGAAGCCACUAUCAGCCACAAUUAUGGGGACACUCAAGAGGACAUUUUAGCAAUAACUUGAUUCUCUGACAGGCUAGAAGUUUCACAACAACCUGUGUUCACAAUUCAGUGUCUUGUAAAACCUCAUAGGCUUGAAUCUUUUUUACUUUUUUUUUUUUUUAGUUUGAGUCAUGUAAUAUCAUUCCAUGUUACUGAAUUCAGUACAUUUCCAGGUUUGCCUGUGAACCAGAAAUGGAGUUUGUAAAAGGUUGGAGAGCCUCUGUAAUUUUUGCCUGGUCCUCACUGACUUGCAGUUUCCCAUGUUAAACAAACCCAUCAACCCAUUGUAUCAUUAAAAGUGCUGUACUUAAA